GUGUACCUCCAGCCCCAAGACAUGUCCUGCUACUCCCAGUGUGUGCCAUGCCGGCCCUGUGGCCCGACCCCUCUGGCCAGCAGCUGCAACGAGCCCUGUGUCAGGCAGUGCCAGAACUCCACCAUCGUCAUCGAGCCCUCUCCCGUGGUGGUGACCCUGCCCGGACCCAUCCUCAGCUCCUUCCCGCAGAACACCGUUGUGGGCUCCUCCACCUCCGCUGCCGUUGGCAGCAUCCUCAGCUCUGAGGGCGUGCCCAUCACCUCGGGGGGCUUUGACUUGUCCGGCUUGGGCAGCCGCUACUGUGGCAGAAGGUACCCGCCCUGCUGAAGCCGCUGGCCGUGGUCCGGGAGAAAUUCUUCCAGAAACCACGAACAGGAUGCUGCAUCAAGAAGGAAUCUUUAAGCCCUGCUUUCUGAAUUCCUGACCCUACUCAGUACUCGAGGAAAUGCUGAAAGCAUGAGGCAAUCUGGUGUUUUCUGAAAACAUGGCUCGUGUCUGUUUUUCUUUCCUCUACCUAACCU